AGAGCCGCGCAUGCGCAGUUGGACGGAAAGAAGAAGCAUGGCGGGGCCCGCACCGAAACACGCGCUGGAGAUGGUGCGGUCGGACGGAGCAGACGAGGGCUGUGUGACGUUUGUGCUUCAUGAAGAGGAUCACACGCUGGGAAACUCUCUCCGGUACAUGAUCAUGAAGAGUCAGGAUGUGGAGUUCUGUGGCUACAGCAUCACACACCCGUCAGAGAGCAAGAUCAACUUCCGCAUUCAGACGCGAGAUGGGAUGGCAGCGUCUGAACCCCUGCGCAGCGGCCUGAAUAACCUGACUGAAGUCUGCAAACAUGUGCUGCACACCUUCCAGGCACGGAUGCAAGCGUUCAAGGAUAAAGAGGAACCCAUGUCAUGAAGAUCAGGACACGCUCAGGAUGGAUGCAUGCUCCUCUAGCAUGGAUAUGUGUUAUAUUAUGUUCAUUAACAUUUGUAAACGGUUUGUGCCAGUGCACUAAAACCCUACUCAUCUCACAUCUUGAGGAGAACCAGUUUUGAUUUUGUUUGUCU